CGAGCAAGGAAAUCACCAGCGACGUCAAGCGCUCGCCGUCCGGAGACGAGGAGACCGGAUCGGACGACCUGAAUCUCUACCACGAUGUCCUGGCCGCAGCUGGAGACUAUGAGGGCAAGCCAACGCUGGAGGAGCUCAAGACUCUGCGAAGAGUGCCGGGCAAGAUGCCAGCGAUUGCCUACCUCAUCUGCUUCGUGGAAUUUUGCGAGCGCGCAUCAUACUACGGUGUCCAGCAACUCAUUGGAAACUUUGUGAACCGGCCACUCCCAGAAGGCGGCAAUGGAUAUGGUGCUCCUCCACGAGGCACGCAGGAAACUGCUGGCGCCCUCGGCCUUGGUACCGUAAAGGCCAAUGCCGUUUCGCAGUCCUUCUCCAUGUUGGUCUACUGUCUCCCCAUCUUCUUCGGUUGGCUCGCAGAUACUCGCACUGGUCGCUUCAGGCUCAUUUGCUGGGGUGUCGUGGUCUUCGGUGUUGCUCACGUCCUCAUGUGUGUCUCGGCUGCAAAGCCUCUCCUCGCAGACGGAAGCGCCAAGACGCCAUAUCUGCUUUCGUUGUACAUUUUGGCUGUUGGUGCUGCAAUGUUCAAGCCCAACGUAUCCCCACUCCUGCUCGACCAGAUGACCACCCGAGUUCCAAAGGUCAUCACAGCCAAGAAUGGCGAAAGAGUGAUUGAGGACCCCGAAUCGACAACAGAGAGAGUCAUGCUUUGGUUCUACCUCCUGAUCAACGUUGGUGGCUUCAUGGGUGUGGCAACCACAUACGCCGAAAAGUAUGUCGGUUUCUGGCUCGCAUUCUUGCUCCCACUUCUGCUCUACCUACCUCUGCCACUUCUUCUCUGGUUCAUGAAGCCACGCCUGAUUCACCACCCACCCGGAGGCAACGAACUCGGUCGUGUGUGCCGCGUCCUUGGAGUCUGCUUCCGCCGCGGUGGCCUGUUCAGAAUUGGCAGACACGGAUUCUGGGACCUCGCCAAGCCAACUCACAUUGCUGCUUCCGGACUCAGCAUUCAAACGACAUGGAAUGACGAAUUUGUCGAGGACGUCCGCCGAGCUUUCCAGGCUACUGGAAUGUUCUGUUUCUUCCCGAUUCAGUACAUCAACGACAAUGGUAUCGGCAGCGCUGCCAGUUACCUGUCCACGAUGUUGACAACGAACGGUGUUCCCAACGACGUUAUCCAGAACUUCAACAGCUUGAGCAUUAUCCUGAGUGUACCGAUCUUCAACUACGGUCUAUACCCGCUCCUCCGCAAGUUGAAAAUCCACUACGGUCCUGUUGCACGUAUCACGACCGGUCUUGCUAUGUCCUCGGUUGGUGGUGCCGCUUACGCAGUGCUGAACUACUACGCGUACAAGCAAUCUCCUUGCGGCGAAUACGGCUCGGACAACUGCACAGUCGGGACCGGUGUCGCUCCAAUCACCAUCUGGUGGAUGGCCAUCCCAUACGGCCUCGGUGGUGUAUCCGAAAUCUUCGUCAACGUCCCAGCAUACGGUAUCGCGUACUCUCGUGCUCCUGCCAACAUGAGAGGUCUGGUUUCUGCCAUCAACCUCCUCAACACUGGAUUCGCGUAUGCAAUCGGUCUGGCCUGCUCGUCUGUGAUCCGCGAUCCAUACCUUACUUGGGACUUUGGUGGACCAGCGAUUGCUGGCGGUAUUGUCACGAUUACGUUCUACUUCCUCUUCCGACACAUUGAUAAGGAGGAGUACUCGCUCAAUGAUGCAGAGGAGAAUGCUGUGGCGCGAAAGAACUCGAUCAACCCAGAUGCUGCUGAGAUCUCGCAUCAGCGCGAGAAGUCGAUUUCAGAGUAGAACAGCUUCGAUAACUAAGAUUAAAGAUGUUUCAGAUGUUCAAUAUUGUCACCCAUCCUAUUUUCUAUGCAGUGCGAUACCCAG